CAGCUCUUACAAAACGAUAUUAUCUUUUCUCUCCCAUUUCUCUCUUCUCAUUUUCUCUUCAGACCCAAAAAUUUAAACUGCGUAUCCUCAAGGAAAUGGAUGAUACACAUAUGGAUAACCAGCCAAGUCUUGGUAGUAACAAGGUUUUAAUACUUGUAGGUGUUUGUUUUCUCUUUGUAUUUGUAGGGACUUUUGCUAGUCACAAUAACCACAACUCAACCAAAGUUGAAACUGAGAGCACGAUGACUAGGCCUCUCGUCCCAAUGAGUAAUGAGAUGAUUUGGAAGGCGAUGAGUCGGCAUUAUUAUUUUCAUCAUCAUCAUACUCAUAACUUUAUCAACUACGUGAGCAAAAGAGUUGUGCCAAGUCAGCCUAACGACCGUCACAACUGGGUUUUGAGACUUCCGCCUUUUCUCGUGCGGAUCGAAGGAUGGAGAACGGCGAGUUCCGGAACGGAGGCAGGAAACAGGCACUGCACUUGACCUCGGCGGGGCAGAUGUCGCAGCGGACAGAACUGGGCAGCAGCGGCGCUUCCUCACUCGUGAUCGGAAGGAACCAGGUCGAGGGAAUGGGGCUGGGCGAGGCUCGUUCGGCGCCUGUGAAGGCCGAAACAGUGGACAAACUGACGGUACAGUACGAGAGGAUGGCUCUGGACGGAUAAAAAACAGGGAAGAGGCGGGUUGGAAUACUCAGACCCGUCUAAACCUGUGAUGAUCGUGUGCCGCUGGCAGAUUGGAGUUAUCUUUGAUUUCAGACUUAUUUUCAUUUCUGUUAGUUUUUCUUUUGGACAUUGUUUGUUCUUAUUUGCGUUCAUUUUCAUUUUUGUUAAGACUCUAAAACAUAAGACAGGUGAUGAGGAGCCUAGUUUGCCAGUCAUUGGAUCAGGUAUGCCCAAUUCGGGAUCAGCGAAUCUGGAUGCUUCUUUGGAGGUGGCAGAUUCUAAGUCUGGUUCAAGGGCAGACGGUAGACAUUGGGCUCUUUGUCUGAUUGUAUUCUGCUUACGUUCAUUCUUAUCAAUAUAAGCCACCUCCUUUAUUAAAAAAAGGAUUUAAUGGGAAUUUUUUUCGUUGAAUUGUAAUUUUAUAAUCUCGUCUUUUGUAAGUUGGUCUAGUCUGGUAGGUAUAUGUUCUAUGUAAAUUUUACAACUGUCAAAAUCUGGUCUAAUCUAGUGUAAUGUGGUCUUUUCUGAUGGUCUAUUUAAGUUUGGUCUGAGAAUAAAACUAGUCUAAUUAAAAACAUCCCAAAUUAUAGAUAAUUAACCCACUCGUGAAAAUAGUACGUAGUAUAUUUUUGUCUGAUUGGUCUAAUUUGUUUAAGUUUAAUCUGAUAUAAACCGAUAUGAUCUAAUUGAUGUAUAUAGUCUAUG